AUGCCAACAGUGCCCUGGUUGCACUUCUAUCACUCAUUCUGCACGAACAUUUGGGAACGGUAUAAAGUCCAGCAUGUGAAGAAAAAGAAAGAUGAGCUGGAGAUGUGCGGCCGUAAUGGUUCCAUCGAUUGCAGCCUCGAUGAACCAACAAACUUUUUCGUCAUCGAAAACGUUGGGUUUGAUCCCACAGAAGUGCGGCUACGCAGAGUACGUCAGUACAAUCCGAGCCACCAUCGUCCCCUCUGUCUCAAGUGGGGCAAGCUGCUGCAGGUUUGCCUUCAUUAUCGUUGGCUGCUUUGUUUUGCUGAUGAUGUGUACGGUUCUAAGAAGUUCUGGCGCUUGAGACAUGCAAAAUCUUGUCUCAUUUUGGCUCUUCAAAAGGCAGAGCUCCCAUUUCUGCUAAAGCGAACGCCGUGUCUGCUAACAGACAUUCAGAUGAUUGCAGUUGCGAUCCCUCGUACCGGAAAUUAA